AAUAUGAUUUUCAAAGCAUGUACUUUCCUUUGAAUCAUUUAAAAUAUUUAAAUCUUAAAUAAAUCUUAAACAAGUACUACUAAUUCACCCGUUAUAUGUAUAAACAGCCGAUAAGUGGAAUAAUUGCAAGUUGAUGUCGCACGUAGAUUAAAUAUUCGAUGUAAUAGUAAAAGUCCUUUGUAAAGUCGGUAAAGGAAACAAAAAAAUCAUUAAUCAUCGGUGAAGAGCUGAACUUAUUCAAACUAGACGAUUUAUGUUGAAGAAAUAUAAUAGUUUUAAAACCGCCGGUGUUGAUCUAACUUCGCAUAGUUCACGGAGGGUUAAAGAAGAGGAAGAAAAAAAAAAGGAGAAGAUAUUUUUAUUUUGAAUUUUAAUUUUGCUGUAAGGAUAUUUGGAGAUAUUUGAAAAACUUUAUUAUGGUUGGUAUAGAGGAUGAAAUUAAAUCAAGCACCAAGCAAACAGCGGAAAGCGUGGUUCAAGAUGCCGUUGACCAAACAGGAUUUGGCAAGUUUAACCUUAAGGUUAUGGCCGUCUGCAGUAUGAUCUUUAUGAACGUGGCUUUCAGUAUAACAAGCAUCGGUUUCAUAUUACCAUCAGCGGCAUGCGACUUCAGAAUGACCACAAUGGACAAGGGACGUCUGAGUGCCGCCCCCAUGUUAGGUAUGUUAGCUGGUUCAUAUAUAUGGGGUUGCUACGCGGCUAUCAAGGGGCGAAGAUUAUCUCUAUUGGUCGCACUAUUUCUACAUGGUAUCUCCGAAUUAUUGGCAUCGGUAGUGCCAUUGUACUGGGUUUUCUUAUUUUUAAAAUUUCUCAGCGGUGCAGCUAUGAAUGGGCAGUCAGCUGUUGUGUUUCUUUAUCUGAGUGAAUUCCAACCAACCAAACAUAGGAGUAGAAUGCUCUCAUGGAUGGAAAUGGCUUGGGUGCUAGGAAUGAUAAUUUUAGCAGGUGUCGGAUGGAUUAUUAUUCCAUUAAAUGUGAACAUGGUGACAGCUGGUUUCUCUUUUCAUUCAUGGAAUUUUUUCGUUUUCAUAUGCUCUCUUCCAGCCUUAUCGACUGGAAUUUGGUUGUUAUUUUUCCCUGAAACACCUAAAUACCUCGCAGAAACUGGAUACAACGUUCAGAUGUUGGACGUUUUAAUGAGAAUGUACUCGGAAAAUACUGGAAAACCUCCAAAAGAAUAUAUAACGAAACUUCGAAAUUCUGAAAAUAAUAAUUUAACCGAUCUGGUGCAUCGUAUAAUGCAUACAGAAGAGAAAGAGGAAGUGACCGAGAAAUCAUUUAGAUUAAUGAUAAAAGAGAUAUAUUCGAAGACCAUGACGAUAUUGAAACCACCGUUCCUUUGCAGAACGAUCGUGUUGUGUUUAAUCGCCUGUUUCGUCACGUCCUCUUAUUACACAUUGACUUUGUGGCUGCCAGAACUUUUUCAUAGAUACGCAGACUUCCAGGAGGCGUAUCCCAAUCAGACAGCCAGUGUUUGCACUUUGAAGAUCGAAAAAAAUGUUACGACAAUAGAUAUGCCGUUUGGGUGCAAUUCUAAAGUACAAACUAGUGUGUUCGUCCAUACAUUUAUUUUGGGUGCCUCGUGUAUUCCAACAGCUCUAAUAUUGCCAUUACUAAUUAAUUAUGUAGGAUAUAAAAUUUUUCUUGUGAUAACAGCCUUUAUUCCUGCUAUUGUUACGGCUUGUCUCUUUUUAGUAGAGACAUCUACUCAAAACUUAAUACUCUCGUGUGUUUUUGAGUCUGUCACAUCAGUUUGCAUCAGCGUGGUGUAUUGCCUUUUGGUUGAUCUUUAUCCAACUCAUUUGAGAGCAAUGGCGUCUGGUUUAUCUGCCUUUAUCAGUCGAAUAGGCGCCAUUAGUGGUACUUUAAUGAUCGGAUAUUUAAUCGAUGAUUAUUGUAUAUUAGUGAUCGUCAUUGUGGCUGCUCAAUUAUUCCUGAGUGGUUUAUUGGCAUUGUUCACACCAGGAGGAAGAAAAAAAUCGAAAGCGGAUAUCGAGGAUUCUUAACGAAAGUAUAAAUUAAAAUAAUAAGAAAAAGAUAAGACGAAAAACGAAAAAAUCAAAUUUUGUAUAAAAAGAAAUUGCCUUUUUUAAUAUGUUGAUGCAUUUCGUUUGGAAACAUAUAGAUAAAUAUAUCGGUAAAAAAAUUUAUUAUAUUCGAGGUAAUUAAAAAAUCUUUUAACAAUAGAAAAACAAUUUGGAACAAAAUUAAAUAUUUGCAAUCAUUUGAUUUUUAAAAAUGAUUGAUUAUAAUUAAUCUUUUAAAUUAAUAUUUAUAGUUUGAAUCACAAGAUAUAAAGAAAGAUAUAUAUUUACUUAAGAAAAUCAAUCUGUGGUGCUCUAGUGGUAAAUAAUUUUAUAUCCGUUAUUAAGUUCAUCGAUUAUUACAUAGGUAUGAGAGAUGAGAAAAAAUGUAAACUCUAAACAGAAAGAAGUUCACAAAUUUUUCUUUAUUUUUAUUUUUAUUUUAUUUUUAUACUAUCCAUAUCUAAUUCCUUUACAAUUCUAUGUUAAAAUAAACUUUAUAUUUUAUUUCUCUUCAGGUUUAUCGUAUGGAACAUAUUAUUCUAUGAUAUAAUGACAUAAAUAUUUUUAAUACGUUUUACGAGAAGAAAAUCGAAUUAAUUUUAAUUCAAGAUGAGAAACAUUUCUCAAAAAAAUAACUAUUAUUAAGAAUAGAAUAGUUUAGAUGAUCUUAAUUUUUUCUUAUCUCAUAAUUGCAAAAAAUAUUAUUCCUAAAUAUACAUUAUAAUAUUGCAAUUAAAUUUAGAAGAAAAAUAUUAGCGUUAAAUUUACAGUAUUUCUUUUUCGUUAUUUUUAGAAAAUUAAUUCUUCACAACGAAUUUAUAUAUAAAUAAUGUAUGGUUUGUGUACUUUCUGUAACAGAAAUGUCUAUUUAAUCAUAACCGGUGUCAGUGUUAUGUAAAUUUUAUUAAUACACACCGGAUUAAUGUUUAUUAUUUUAAGAGGAUGGAUGUAUCUGAUUGAGUGUAUUUUGCAAGUGCAAAGUUCUUUUACACAGGGUAUUUUAAAAACAAUACCAAUCAUACCAAUUACCAUUGGUAAAAUUUUCCAAUUUUUAUCUGAAUAUAUUUGAAAAUCAAAAUUAAUAAUUUUAUUUCAUUCUAAUCAAAUUUUUUCUCUUGAAAAUUUAGUAAUUUAAAAUAUCUAAUUUUAGUGUUAUAAUUGGCAAUUAGAUCAAUAAAAUUUACUGAUCUUUUUCUAAAAGUUUGAUAAUGAAAAUAUUUGUAAUGAAAAUAGUAAUUACAAUAAUAGAUUUAUAAUUUCUAAAACACUCUAUAUAGUUUAUAGUCAAGUGUAUGUGGUUAACUCAUGUGACGCACAGAAAAUUAUGAAUGUUUUAUGAACAUUUAGUGAGCUUGAGAGAUUAACGAUGAUGAAAGUAUACAUGUACAAACGUAUUUUUUUACGUUUCUGGAAUAUAUUGAAUAAGAAUUUUCGUCGAACGUUAUAUAUAUAUACGAAUACUUAUAAGAUGUUCUAACUUAAGUAGUACAGAAAUCAUUUUUAAUCUCGUCUUUCAUUUCUUUAAUAUUUUUCCGAUAUAAUUGUCUUUUACUAUUCUAAUUUAUAGAAAAAGAAUAAUAGCGAUUAUUUCUUUUUUUGAAAUUAGAAUUUAGGAAAUGAUACAUAGAAUGUAAAAUAAUUUGAGAGAUUAUUUGGAGAAAUAUUCUGUAACAAAAAUAUCAUUUGGACAUAUAUUUUAUUCUCAAAAUUUAUAUACAUUUUUAUUGUUUAAUAAUAAGAUUAAUAUUGGAUUGUUCUUUAAAAAAAUUUGAAGAUUUAUUUUACAAAACAUUCAAAAAUUUUGAAAUAUUUAAUAAAUUUUAAAAAAUUCUAUCAAUAAGUAUUUUAAGUAAAAUGGAUCUUAUUUUCAGUACUUAAAAUACUGAUAUAUUUUAUAAUAUACUCAAACUUUUAUUACUAUCAUAUUUAAAUUGAAUACUUUAAAUUAUAUCUUUAUAAUCCUUUAAAUUAUAUCUUUCAUCUUAUUUUAAUCUCUGUUAUUAUGUAUUAAGUUUAAAAAUUUUUUUAAACGAUCUUAAACGAUCUAUCAAAAAAAUUUUUAUAUCUGCUCUAGGAGUUUAUAUGAUAUAUGUAUACAACGAGAAAAGCUUCGAAUAUAUAGAUUGAAUUAAUGUAUUUAGUACUUAAUGUAGUAAAAAGAUGCUACGAAAAAAUGCUCAAUUUAAAUAAUUAUUGCAACGAUCUCCGCAUAUUAUCACGCAGUGCUAUGAUUAUAUUGCUUUAAUAUUGCAAUUGUGUGAUAGUAUGAAUGGUUGAUUCAAUCAAUAGAAAGUAAUAUUAAUAACAAGACGAUUGUAUUUCCGACGCA